CCCCCUCCCCGCCCCCCGCCGCGGUGUGGGGCGCACCCGGCGGCAGCAACAGAUGUGGCGGCACAGCCCGGCCGUCCCUAGCCUCUCCCCGGCUGCGCUGCGCGGGGUCCGCCGCCGCCGCCCCUAGCGCCCCGCCGGCGAGAUGGAUGGGUCCCGGCGGCCGGCGAGCGGCGAGGAGGGCUGCGGGCAGGCCAUCGUCUGGCGCAACGUGGUGCUGAUGGGGCUGCUGCACCUCGGCGCCGUCUACGCGCUCAGCCUGGUGCCGCGGGCGCAGCUCCUCACCCUCUUCUGGGAACUCCCUAAGGCUGGAUCUGAAGGAUUGAAUUACCAAUUUCAGCCCUCCAUCUUCCAAGCAUAUUUCUGUUUCCUGAUGACGGCUCUGGGUGUGACAGCUGGUGCGCAUCGCCUGUGGAGCCACCGCUCCUACAAAGCAAAGCUGCCUUUGCGGAUCUUUCUGGCUGCAGCUAACUCCAUGGCUUUCCAGAAUGAUAUUUAUGAGUGGAGCCGAGACCACCGUGUGCACCACAAGUACUCAGAGACGGAUGCAGACCCACAUAAUGCCCGCCGUGGCUUCUUCUUCUCCCACAUCGGCUGGCUGUUUGUGCGCAAGCACCGGGACGUCAUAGAGAAGGGGAGAAAACUGGAUUUUACUGACCUGUUGGAUGACCCUGUCGUCAGGUUCCAAAGAAAGUAUUACAAGAGUUCAGUUGUGCUGAUGUGUUUUGUGAUCCCUACCUUUGUGCCAUGGUACCUCUGGGGUGAGAGUCUGUGGAAUGCCUACUUCCUUGCCUCCAUCCUCCGGUACACUGUCUCCCUCAAUGUCACCUGGCUGGUCAACAGUGCUGCUCACAUGUAUGGCAACCGCCCUUAUGACAAGUAUAUCAAUCCCAGGCAGAACACCUUUGUCACUCUGGGAGCCAUUGGUGAGGGUUUCCACAACUACCACCACACCUUCCCAUUUGACUACUCAGCCAGCGAGCUGGGCCUGAAGUUCAACCCCACCACCUGGUUCAUUGACUUCAUGUUUUGGUUGGGGUUGGUCACCGACCGCAAGCAGGCUCCGAAGGAGAUGAUUCAGGCUCGCAAGGAAAGGACUGGAGAUGGCAGUGCUUGAAAAGUAACACUUUGCUGUGCCAGCACUGUCUUAUACGUGGGUGGGUGGGUGUGUACACACCUCCAUGCCUGUCAUGGAUUUGUUUUCCUCUGGGUAAAAUUAGGUUUGUUUUUUUUGAUCAGUUGGGCUUCAUUAAUUCCACAAGAAUAGAUUUGGCCCUAGCUUUUUUCCUUAUUAGCUGUCUUAUGCCCAAACUUCAGACUAUUAAGUGUAAAAAUGUUAUAUAUCAUUUAAUAUUAAAGUUAAACAGGAGAGAGAUUUGAUUUUAGUCACUGUAGUUCAUGUCUGAAAUGCAUUGUAAUUUGCUUGUUCAUGGUAAACGUUGGCAGGUUGGAAGAACUAACUACCCUUUCUAAGUGCAGUUAGGGGAGAUUUUUGUUUCUACUAUUAAUCAAAUAAACUUUUGAAAUGCAUCUCUUGGGGCAUGGGGCAGGGCCUGGUGUGCUGUUUCAACUACAGACUAAUGGAAUGGACAUUAACAGCACCAAAGAAAAACAGGAUGUCCAAGGGGAAAAAUCAGCCUAAAUUUAGUUAGAUGCUAGUUUGAAAACCUGCAUUCUUCUUUUUGUUAGCCCUGUUAGCCAGCCCAGUGUGCUUCAGUCUUUGCUAAAUAUUAAAACCAUUUAUUGCUGAGCAGGCUUUUGUGUUGAAGAUUAGUCUAUACAGGCCAAAAUUACCAACUGAUGCAAUGUUGAGAUGAUUCCUUUGUUGUUGUAUAUACAUUGUAAUUUGUGAAGGUAUAGAGCUUAACCAUGUCUUAAGCCAAAUAAAGCUUUGGUUUCAAUGUUUAGAGACCUAAGUUAUAUUCUAAUCGGUCAUGGCCAUUGAUGCAUGCAUAGUUUAGCUCCUUUUGCACAAGAGGCCUCUUAAUUUCUUUUUCUGCCUUUGACUAGCAGGUCUUGGAAAACUGACCUUUAUCUAAGUCAGAGCCUCUAUUAACAUUUCAGCUGCAUGCAACAUCCAUUGGUUUCUGAGCAAAAUAUAAAGACAGUUGUGUAACUUCUGAAUUUUAAAACUUUUUUUUAAAAAAAAGGGGGGGGGGGAGGAGAAAAAAUACUAAAAAAAAAAAAAGCAUGUGGAAUUAAUGGGACAUAUAGCCCUUUGUGUUAGAUGUUAGCCAGUGCAGGAGAGAGGCUUUGUACUGUCAGCACUGGAGCACUUUUGAAGAUAGAGGGCAUGGUUUUCAUUUAUAAAGAAGGUCACCGCCUUACCCAUUGGAGAGGGAAUGCCUGUUUCCCAGCUGUGUGCAGCUCCAUGACCUGGGCAAGGCAGGGAUCUUGAGAUAACUGAGACUCAGGCCCAGAUAUUUUCAGGAAAGAUGUAGGACUGGAAAAAAUUUUUUUUAAUAGUUUCUUUUUUGAUCUGUUCCUUGUUUUUUAAAUUAUGCCAUAUAAUAUGAAAGAGUUGUCUUUAUUCUGUAUUUCAUCCAGCAGGUGUUUCAACAGUGUUAUUUUGCCAUUAAUGAUGUGUAAACCCGAGUGAUUUACAAUAAACAGUUAUGAGUUAGACUA